AUGUUGAGGGAACGUCAAACACCAAGUGGCCCAACGUGCGCAAACCAAGCUGAUCGUGCAUAUGUUGAUCAAAUUGUUGCUCGAGUUUACAAGAACUAUCAGCUGCUGCACACUGAAGCAAGAAAACUGGACAUACAUUGUGCUGGCUCUAGCUCUAUCACGAUGAAUAGCAUUAGCAUUCAUGACGCCAAAGAGAGCAUCAACCAGGCUGAAAGAGUGAGAGUUCUCACGUUUCUAGCAUAUCUUUUUCUCCCAUUUAGCUUCAUUGCUGCUGUGUUUGGUAUGAAUGUGUUGGAAUUUACCACGCCCAAUCCCCCAAUCUGGUUAUUUUUUUGCUAUUUGAUGCCCUAUCACCAUGAUUUGUGCUUUGAUUCCUAUUUGGUUUGA